GUUUGGGGCGCAACCACCCCUGAAAAGCCACCGGAGCCCGCCCCUGGUUUUGUCCCAGAAAGCAGUUCUACCACCCGCUGCUCCUCUUCUGUGCCCGCGGGCCACCAGAGCCAUUUGGAGAAGCCUCGGGAGACUACCAGGGCUCCCCCGCUGCACCUGCGCUCCGAAUCCGUCCCUACUCACUCCUCCUACAGCUUUACGCCCCCGGUCCCGCCCGUGAGGACGCUGGAGAGCAAAAUUGCCGCCGCCAUGCACUCGAACAACGCGGACGCCAUCAACAACUCCAAUUACCACACCUUCCUGUCUUCCUCCAUGCUGGCCUCCUCCGUAGAGGAAGCCCUGCUGCCGCCCCCGCCCAAGCACGCUUCCCUGCAGUCCGUGUACGUGCCGCAUCCCAAGCCGGAGAGCAUCCCCGAGCCCCCCGGGCCAGACAGCUACCUGCACCACAAGCCACCUUCCCUCCACCAGUACAGGCCCGAGAGCGUUCCUCCUCACGUCUCCUACCACGGCAAGCCCGACCAGCACCAAGCCUACCCUCCUCGCUCGGAGACGCCCACUGCCGCGGGCUCUCGCUACAACACCUACGCGAACCAAGGGAAGAGCGCCUCGGCUCUCCACUCCAAGCCUCGCAGCCGCGCGGAGUUCGUGUCCUCCGUGAGCCCCACGGGCCUGCGUAACGCCAGCUACGCCGAGGACGCGCCACCCUACCCCACCAUCCGAAGGGUUCAGUCGCUGCACGUCCCCACCCCCGCCGCCUCCGCCAUCCGCUCCGUUCCCAUUUCACGGACCGAGGUCCCUCCGGACGACGAGCCCGUGUACUGCCCGCGGCCCCUCUACCAGUACAAGCCAUAUCAGCCCCACUCCGACUACCACGUCACGCAGCUGCAGCCUUACUUUGAGAACGGGCGGGUGCAUUACCGGUACAGCCCUUACUCCAGCUCUUCCGGAUCCUCUUACUACACCACUGCUGACGGGAGCUUUUACGACCUGGACCCCUACAGCACUGUGCGGGUCAGGCCUUUCCACCCCCUGCCCAGCCGAGACUUUGCGUCCUACGCCUCCCGGCUGCAAAGCAAAGGCCUGUACCGCUACCCCAGCUUGGCUGCCUACCCUCGGGGUGGCCUCAUCAGCCACCUGGCAGGCAAAGAGCACAGCUUCAUCAGCAGAGACGUGCCUCCUGCCCCGGACAUCAAGCACAUGUACAUGUCGUGGGACCUCGAGGACAUGGAGAAGUACCGCAUGCAGUCCAUUCGCCGGGAGAGCCGCACGCGCCAGAAAGUGAAAGGGCCGGUGAUGUCCCAGUACGAUAACGUGGCCCCGCUGCUGCAGGAGGAACUGGGAGGACUGGAUGUGAUCCACUUGCGCAGCAAAUCGGAUCCUGGGAAAACUGGCCUCCUCACCGUGGCAGAGGGGAAGGAGGGGAGGUACCCGGCCAAAGCAGCCACGCCGGAGGGGGACGAACGUUACUACAUGCAGCACCCCGAGCCAGAGCUGGACAGAGCCCACUACCACGGGGCCUACGGGAACGGGCAGUCGGAGAAGCCGUCCCUUCCCCAGAAGCAGAGCAGCGUCCGGAACAGGAAGCUGCACGAGCCGGGCUGCAACGCGACCGAACACAGGACGCACUUGCAGCAAGAAGCGAGCCACAGGCAGCCUCCCGAAGCCAAAAACGGGCCCCCUUAUCCCGACUACAGGCCCAAAGGUGGCCCAGAGCCCUCCGAGCCCAUCGGUUACCAGCACUCGGGCGGGAAGUACAUCCCGGCGAACCAGGAGACCCUGAGACUGAACCACAAGGAGGUGAGGUUGGCGGAGGACAGGCCGGAUUUAGAGAGGUCUCGAGCCAGACCGACCCCAUCCAUGGAGAAACACUCCAGAGACUGCUAUAAAGAGGAGGAGCACGCCGCCUCUCCCAUGGCGCCGCCCCCCAAGCCUGAACGGAGCCACAGCCUCAGAAUGCAGCACCCCGAAACCAUGGAGAGGGACUCUGCCCUCCUCUACCCGUACCAAACCCUUGGGAAACGCCAAAGCACUAUGACUGUGGUGUCCCAGUACGAUAAUUUGGAGGAUUACCAUACCAUGCCUCAGCACCAAAGAGGGGGCUAUGUUGGAGGAGGGGGGUUUGUACCCCCCAGUUUUACCCACGUGCACAGUAGAACUUAUGCCACGGCCCUCGGCCAGGGAGCCUUCCUCCCGACGGAGCUGUGUUUGCAGAGGCCCGAAACAGAGGUCCACGUUGAGUGA